UUCUCACACAGUAGAGAUGCUCUGCCCCACCCUGCCCCCACGUCCUAUUAUGAGGGCCAGUGUAGGUCAGGCACCUGCUAGCCAUGGCAUGUGGGCCAGGAGAUCUUCAGAGCCUCACAUCUCCAUUUUCUUCUGCCAAACUUGGAAAUUCCCUCUUUUCAGAAGAGCCCUGGUUCCAGGCCUGUGGUCACACCAACAUCGCCUGCAAGAUGGUGAAGGGGAAGCUGGUAGAGGUAGGCAAGUGGCCAUGGCAGGUGAGCAUCCUGUUUCUGGGCGCGUAUGUCUGCAGCGGCUCCCUCAUCCGCCAUCAGUGGGUCCUCACGGCUGCGCACUGCCUGGAGAGAUCCAAGGACCCCAAAAAGUACUCCGUGAGGGUGGGAGUCCAGCAGGUCUCAGAAUACGGCACUUGGCUCCUGCUCACUCGCAUCGUGAUCCACGAGGAUUUCCACAACCUUCUAUCCCAGGACAUUGCCCUCCUGAAGCUCAGGGACCCCAUCUCCUGGUCCCCCCUCAUCCAGCCUGUCUGCCUACCCAACACCAAAUUCAAGCUCUCGCUCGGGACCAUGUGCUGGGUGAUCGGGUGGGGACAUAAAAAUGAACAAGAAGCCUCAGGUAGCCCCUACAGUCUUCAGGAGGUGCCCGUCAGGAUCGUUAGCAACGGUAUCUGCCGUCAGCAGUACCAGUUUCUCUUCUUGAAGAAAGAGAAGAAGUUCAUUGGGAAGGACAUGCUGUGUGCCUCCUCACAAUUGGGCAUGGACUCUUGUCAGGCUAACUCUGGCAGCCCCCUCGUGUGUCAGGUGAACAACUCCUGGAUCCAGGUGGGGGUGGUGAGCUGGAGCUUUCGCUGCAACCGGCGACGCUUCCCAAGCAUCUAUACCAGCACCUCCCACUUCACCUACUGGAUCCAGAAGCAGAUCAGUGACAUGAGGUUCAUCAGCAGGGCCAGCGCUGCCUUCCUGAGCCCGGUCACUGGCCACAUCCUGCUGGUGUCCUUGGGCUCCAUGUGGCUCCUGUGAGCGGUGUUUCCAGGGCAGGCCUGCCCGGAGGCCACUUCUUCCUCCCUCCGUCUGCCCUCAGGAGAAGUGGAGACCCAGGGGACACGUGACAUCAGGGCAGAGCGCCCUUAGGGGAGGGUCCAAGAGCUGCUGUGUUCAGAGUUGUUCAAUGAAGAUGCUCUUGAGUUUUGCGCCACAGAAAUCA